GUCUCCGCGCAGGUCUUAGCGGCGGGUCCGGGAAGAGUCGCUAGAAAAAGCUGUUCUCUUUGGCAGUUACCCGUAGCAAUUUUUUUUUCCCUCCCCAAAACUUAUUUUCUGCACGACCCAGUCGCAGGUAGAAAUAUUCGCUCGGCGUCUGUCCGUCUUUCUCAUCUCUCCUCUCUAUCCAUUUUCCUCAUUCACUUCUUAUCUCCACUCACUCCUUGAACCUUUCAAAGAUCAAGCAAUCUUUGAAUAGCCGGCACGAUGUCGUCUACAGAACAACCCAAGGUCUUGGGCAUGCCGCCCUUCUUGGCCGACUUCCUGAUGGGUGGUGUCUCCGCCGCCGUCUCGAAGACUGCCGCUGCUCCCAUUGAGCGUGUCAAGCUUCUUAUCCAGAACCAGGAUGAGAUGUUGAAGGCUGGCCGUCUUGACCGAAAGUACGAUGGUAUCGGUGAGUGCUUCAAGCGAACCAUCGCCGACGAGGGUGUUAUGUCGCUGUGGCGUGGCAACACUGCCAACGUCAUCCGAUACUUCCCUACCCAGGCCUUGAACUUCGCUUUCCGUGACAAGUUCAAGAAGAUGUUUGGUUUCAAGAAGGAGCGUGAUGGAUACGCCUGGUGGAUGGCUGGUAACUUGGCCUCCGGUGGUGCUGCUGGUGCCACUUCUCUUCUAUUCGUCUACUCCCUCGACUACGCCCGUACCCGUCUCGCCAACGAUGCGAAGAACGCCAAGAAGGGCGGUGAGCGUCAGUUCAACGGUCUCAUCGACGUCUACAAGAAGACCCUUGCUAGCGAUGGUCUUCCCGGUCUCUACCGUGGUUUCAUGCCCUCCGUCGCCGGUAUCGUUGUCUACCGUGGUCUGUACUUCGGUAUGUACGACUCCAUCAAGCCUGUUAUCCUGGUCGGCUCUCUCCAGAACAACUUCUUGGCCUCGUUCCUUCUCGGUUGGUGUGUCACCACCGGUGCCGGUAUCGCCUCUUACCCUCUUGACACUAUCCGACGUCGUAUGAUGAUGACCUCUGGUGAGGCCGUCAAGUACAACGGUACCUUGGAUGCUGCCCGCCAGAUCGUCGCCAAGGAGGGUUUCCGCUCCCUGUUCAAGGGCGCCGGUGCCAACAUUCUCCGUGGUGUCGCCGGUGCUGGUGUGUUGUCGAUCUACGACCAGCUCCAAGUUCUCCUGUUCGGCAAGGCCUUCAAGGGCGGUUCCGGUUAAAUACCCUCCUCAUACCCCAAUAGAACUGGGAGGCGUGGUGGUGUAAUACAGUGGAUGGGCGACAGGGCCGUUGAUAAAAGGGGCGUGACGGAUGCUCCGGCGGAAAGUUGUUACAGGGCAUCACUCAUUGCCGUGGCGUUCUGGAACAGCUUGAUUUUGCGGACGGACUGGCAAGGCAAGGCACUUGAUGAGGUUCAUGUCUCGUCAGCUAGUUAGCCGCUGUAAUUUAGAUCCUAGGCAAUUCCCUUUGACUGUAUUCUUUCUGCUCUGCGUCCUACAUCUCCGCUUGUUUCGGCAUUCGACUCGGCCUGAUUCCCACGGUUGCAUACGAUUGAUAGACACUGAAUGAAGUGAUGUUCUGGUUAAUUUGGGCUUCUUGCAUUACGUGAAUAAAUGGCCUAUCUUCUGUGCAUUGCGCGAACCUAAGAAAAUCGAACACCACAUUUCUACUUAAAAA